GAAAAUCAAGAGAGAGAGAAAUGAAGAGGAGGCACCAUUCCUCUUCUUGCUCCUCCUCUUCAUCUUCUUCCUGCAUCGAAUCACCAAUUACAGCAAACAACGAGCCUCUGAAAAAACCCAAACCCAAACGUGUUCGAGCCAAGAAAAUUCCCACCACCACCGCCACCACCGCCGCCGCCGCAGCAGAUAAUUCCGCCGCCACCUCUGCUAAAUCAAGAAGCUCCAUUUACAGAGGCGUCACCAGGCAUAGAUGGACCGGGAGAUUUGAAGCUCACCUAUGGGACAAAACUACAUGGAACAGCAUUCAGAACAAGAAAGGAAGACAAAUCUAUUUAGGUGCCUACGACAACGAGGAAGAUGCCGCCCGGACCUAUGAUUUAGCUGCCCUUAAGUAUUGGGGACCAGCCAGUAUCCUCAAUUUUCCUGUCGAGGGAUACACCGGCGAGAUUGAGGAGAUGCAAAAGUUGACUAAGGAAGAGUAUCUAGCUUCCCUCAGGCGGCGGAGCAGCGGAUUUUCGAGGGGUGUUUCGAAAUAUCGUGGCGUGGCUAGGCACCAUCACAACGGUCGGUGGGAGGCUCGGAUUGGGCGCGUGUGCGGAAACAAGUAUCUCUACCUAGGAACUUACAGCACACAAGAGGAAGCAGCGGCAGCAUACGACAUGGCAGCAAUAGAGUUCAGAGGUUCGAACGCAGUUACAAACUUCGACAUCAGCAAUUACGCGAACAAGCUCACAACCAAAGUCCAACCGGAGGUACAACUAAUUAGGCAAGAAGAACAACUCCAAGUCAAGAAGGAAACAAAUCCAAUAAUCCCCCUCGAAAACAACAACAACAAUGUACAACCCGACGAAGCACGCGAAUAUCAAGAAGAAUAUGGAAACCAAGUUGUACUCGGCGACGAGCACCAACAAAGCAUUCCGAAACUAGAGUCGAUGAUGGACUCGAUUGUAAUGGACCCCACGGAGGAUCACGAGCACCCGUGGGACCUAUGCCUCGACAUCGGGUACAAUAUUCUCCCGAUUCUCGAUAUGCCUAUGGAGAAAGCUUCUGAAGUGCUCGAUUAUAAAGACUUUGAGGAUAACAUCGAGUGCAUUUUCGACGACAACUUGUUCCUCGAUGAUAUCAUCAAGAUCGACGGUUCGGAUGGUUUGGUGGACGGGGAUUUGAACGGCCAGGAUGCGUUGACUUCUCCUUCUUCGUCGGAGUUGUCGAAUACUACUGCAUCGUCGUCGGUUUGCAGCAACGUUGUUAUCUAGUGUUUUAAUUUCUUGAAAUAGUUUUUCGGGGUCUUCGAAACCUUAACUUGUGGUUCUAAUUUAGUUAUUUAGAAGAGAUAAAAAUGUAGAAUUUCAGUGAUUCUGCACACAAGUUGGGCAAGUCUUGGCUUGUGAUGUGUUGUUUUUUAUUUUGUUUAAAUUAAUUUCAUGAGAUUAGGUUGUUGGAACAUUAGCUAUGUUUAUCACUAAUAACUCUUGGAUUGGUUAGUGGUUUUAUAAAAAGAAAUUGACUUCUUAUUUUCUCCCGUUUA